UGUAUAGCUGUAUAACAUUUGUAUGUGUGUGUGUGUGUGUGUGUACUCUGAACAGAUAAGCAAUACGGACAAUGAUGAUGAAAAAGUUAAGAUCAUGCUCAAACAAAACGAAGGGAUUUGUAUAUUUUUUCAUUUUGGGACUUGUUUUCAUACAUUUUUGGAUAUAUCAGUCACCUGAUUAUUCCGAUAUGGAGUUAAACACAUGCAAAAUAGAUAUGCUUAAUCCUUGGGAUGACUCACUGAAAGAUUACUUUGUCGACCCACUGCCAUUAAACUGCUCGAUACGGCACCAGGUGAUGUUCGUUGAUAGAGCUGGAUACCUUCGGUUUAACAACACGGCAAUGUACCUAAACCAACUUCUUGCAUCGUCGCUAAAAUGUAUGUAUAGAACUAUGAAAAGAGAAAUUGGAGAUGUCAAAGUAACUUUUCGAUCGGAGGUGACUUUUACAUUACCAGUCUUUGUGAAGAGUCAUGUAUUUCGUGUAACGUGCUUAAAUCCUAUCAACUUAACUGUAUAUGAUUACCUCCACAUGAAUCCAUUCUGGGACGAUUAUUCUAGAGGCAAAAAGGAGAUUGAAACUGAAAAUGCACUUAGUUUAAUCGUUUUUGGUAUAGACUCUAUUUCCAGAUCGCAUGCGUUGCGUUACCUUCCAAAAUCUUACAAAUUCCUUAAGGAAAAAUUCAACAUGUACGAUUUUGAAGGCUACAGGAGUGUUGGGGAUGGCACUUGGCAAAAUAUAGUCCCGCUUUUAACAGGUCAAUCUAGUAAGAACUUCAGAGAUGAAGGCCAUGGACGACAAUUUGUUGACUCUAUGCCAUUUAUCUGGAAAGAGAAAGCCAUGGAGAAUUUUGCUACAUUCUAUGCUGAAGACAUGCCAUUUAUAUCAACAUUUAAUUAUGGAAAAAUGGGGUUUAAACAGGUGCCAACUGACUUCUAUUUCCGUCCAUAUGACUUAGGUAAGCUAAAAUUCAAGCCCAAAAUUAUUGACUUCUUCCGAAGGUCGCCUAGGUAUUGUUAUGGUGUGAACAACUACUUUGAUAUACAAAUCAAUUAUUUAAAGGGAUUUUUUUCACAAAUAUAAAAAUGAGAGGAAAUUUGCUUUUUUUCUUAAUAAUCAAGUGGGUCACAAUCAAUUCACAAUUUCAAGCACAGCAGACGAUUCUUUACUUAAUUUUUUAAAGUGGAUGAAGACAACAAACCAGACAAAGCAUGCAAUGUUUAU